AUGGACGGCGAGUACAACACGAACGUGUCGAACAAGGACGAGCGGAAGCGCGUGCGCCAGCGGCGCGUCGAGGCGCGCAACGCGAGCGAGGACAAUGCGGCGGGCCAGGGGCGGGGCAAGGAGGCCCAGGAGGAGUCGAAGCGGUCCAAGGGCCAGCAGCAGAUCGCGAACUCCCUCGCCCACCUCGACAAGAAGAAGUCCGGCGGCAUCGAGAACGUGACCCACGUCCGCGUCGCCGCGGACUGGCGCGAGGCGCAGCGCCGCGUCGCGGAGGAGAAGCAGCGCCAGGACCGGCUCCAGCGGCUCCAGGAGGAGGCCGUGCGGAGCGGCAAGCAGAACGCGGCGGUGGAGAUGCGCUGGGCCGAGCUGCUGGACCAGAACAUGCCCCAGGAGCUCCACAACGAGAUCGAGGCCCAAAAGUCCGCGUGCAGCGAGAUCAUCGCGUCCAAGGACGCGCUCAUCCGCGAGUUCCAGCUCCAGCUCAAGUCCAAGGACGAGGAGUACGUCAAGGCUCUCAAGCAGCAGGCCGACGACAUCGAGGAGCUGCUCCGGCGCAUGCGGCAGGAGUUCAAGGAGCUCCAGGAAGAGUACGAGGUCGAGCUCGAGGCCAUCGAGGACGCGUUCCUCACGGAGCGCGACGACCUGCUCCAGGCGAACAAGGGCGAGAUCGACGCCCUCUUCGAGAAGCGCCGCGAGAUGGAGCUGCUCUACAUGGACAAGAAGCGCGACCGCGAGGAGCAGUACCAGAAGGAGAUCGAGGAGCUGCUCGUCAAGGACGGCGAGGAGUACAACAAGCUCAAGAUCAAGCUCGAGACCGACAUCCAGACCCUCGAGCAGCAGCUCGAGGAGAUGCGCGCGACGUACCAGCUCAACACGGAGAAGCUCGAGUACAACUACCGCGUGCUCACGGAGCGCGACAACGAGAACUCGAACACGCUCGCGCAGCUCAAGCGCAAGCAGAACAAGCUCAAGGACAUGCUCUCCGCCAUCGUCGCCAAGUACCAGGAGACGGACGCGCGCGACCGCAAGAAGAACGACGAGCUCACGGAGGAGUACCGCCGCAUCACGAAGCAGUACCGCGAUUUGCAGGCGAAAUUCCGCCACUUCGAGGUGAGCGACAAGCAGCGCUUCGACAAGGUCUGGGGCAUGCACGAGGAGGAGGUCAACGAUCUGGUGGCCAAGGUGCUCCAGGCCGACGAGAUCGUCCACGCGCAGCAGCUCGGCUGGGGCUGGAAGCCGCCGAAUUUGGCUUUGCUCCGCGACGCGGCGGCGCGGCGGCGGGCCGACGGCGACGGCCCGCCGGGCGGCGGCGCCGACGGCGCGUCCGUCGACUCGCGCGGCCGCGCGCGCGACGGCGACGACGCGCCGCGGAAGCCGCCCGCGCUCAAGGCCAUGCUCGAGCUGCUGAGCCAGGAGGCGGGCUUCCUCGUGGAAUCGAAGGUGCGCGAGGCCAUCGCGCGGCUGAGCCCGGAGGAGGCGGAGCUCGCGCAGGCCGAGUCCAUGCUGCGGGCGCUCGGCGUCGCCGACGAGGACGACGUCGCGCUCCUGGUGUCCCACUUCUUCAGCGAGGGCAGCGACGGCGGGUCCGAGUCGAAUCUCGGCGAGGACGGGCCGGCCUACGACGACCCGCCGGCGGCGUUCCGCUCGCUCCAGAACAUCAUCCAGCCCGACGACGUCGUCCGCGCGAUCCAGGCCUUCGUCGACGAGCGCCGCGACCGCGCGCUGGGCCUCGAGGCGGGGGCCGCCGGCGCCGGGGCCGGCGCCGACGGCGCCGGCGCGGCGGCGGCGCGGUCCCAGCAGGCCGAGGAGCGCGAGUUCUGGAACCGCCUCGCGGACGUCGUCUCCGACGGAACGUUCGGCGUCUGGAACCAAUUGGAGAAGAGCCUGCUCCAGUACAACGAGGUGUUGCGCCAGCGCGCGUCGGAGAUCAACCGCGUCCAGUCCCUCCAGGACCAGAACGUCCAGCUCAAGGCCCUCAUCAACCAGUACCUCAACGCGAAGGUCAACGAGGAGCUCAUCGUGCCGCCGUCGAACACGAUCCAGCUCCCGAUGUCCUAG